AUUUAGCUAAUUUUUGCCAGAUAAGAAUCAUGCAUCCUGAUGAUCCCUUCGGCGAGGUGAAUUUUCCAGUUUCGCGAGCAUUCUGGGACGGAGAUGAAGAUGGGUCGUACUUCGAGGUCGACAAACGAAGUGUAUCCCUCGAAAUCAAAUGUGCGCUGGAGCUUGAUGAUGAUGCCACGGUCUUGAUUGCUGAAGGGGAUCUCGUCGUUGAUUUUAUUUCGGGGUACCUCAAAGAAAAGAAUGUCGAGCAAUGUGGAAGAGUCCAAAUUUCGGAAGCUACUGAAACGCAUCAAUUGAAGCGGGUCCUUCUGAAUAUUCAUAGACCCACGUCGCAAUUGUUGGUGUGCUGUGUUACUCGGUUUUUGACCCCCGAAGUGUGCAAUGACGUUCUAAAUCAGCUUUAUGAUAAAAUUGGAAGCAAGAAACGCUUCAUUGGCCUCGUGUCGCGUCCAGUGGUGGAUCACGCAUCCGGCGAACGAAAUGAAGAUCGGAGCUUCUUGAUUCGCUGCUUGAGUGUCAAUGGACCAUCGCCGAAUGGAGUUCCGCUUUUGGAAGUGCCUAAUUACAUAACUGGACUUUGCGCUGCAGCAUUCCAAAUGUCCGUGGUGAUGCGCUCUCGCGGGCAAAUUUUUUGCGUAUACGCGGAAGAACAAGAUUUCGAUAGAGGAACAUUCAACGAGUUGAGUCGAUCUGUGAGGAAAUCCUUUUUGGGUGAAGACGGUCCUUGGCCCAGAACAACAAUAUCCGUGGGUUCCGCUUCUGGUGAUCGCGGGAAUAUCUAUUGUUGAAAAACAAAAAGCUUGUCAAGAUCAUAAAAUGCGAGUUAUCUUCAUCUUCCAAAAA